GCAGCAGCAGAUGCGGGUCUAUUUGUUCUCCCGCAGGAGGGCGUUCCGCUGGACAACACGCAAACGCACCGAGGUGAAUUAUGCCGGUGUACGCAGGGACUGGCUCCUAUUUAGACGCUGUCAAAGCUUAGGUUUGUGUCUCAAGGGGUCGUUUUGGACACCCGGGAUCAGGCCUUCCUUUGUUAGCCUUCCUACUGGUAUCACUGCCGGGGGAAAGGCGACGGAGGAGGCCGGACUCGAAGACAUGAUGGAGGCUAACCGAGUGAGCUGUAGGACGGUAACGACACAAUGAUGAUGGUGGUUUGGAGUCUCAGUCCUGGAAUGGCUGGUGUUGCUGGGUUAAUUUUUACAGAGUGUCAGUAAUCCUAGAAUGGACCCUGCUCACAUCGGAGGGGAUAUGUCACCUUUGUAUGUGCCAAGAAAGAGAAAGUCAGUCCAGUCACAACCAAAAAGUGGAGUGCCAUGUCCAGUUGUUCAGCGAAUGCCAGAACGAGCCUGUGAACUGACCGCAGUAGGAUACUCUAAGAAUGACGAGUCUCAAGCCCAAGAUGCUCUAAAGAUGAAAAGAACUUAUGGUAGAAAAAGGUUCGAGGACCUUCAGAGUGUUUCCAUAGGAACAGUAGAUUACCCAACCAGCAGCUGCUCGGUGAUGUCAUCAGGGAGUCUGGCCAAUGGGGCGGACCCAGGCUCCAUGGCUCCGCCCUCUGCAAGGCUGCCUCCGAGACUAGUGGCGAAGGAUGUGUGGCCCCAGGGCCCCGAGGCCAGCAGGGAGCAGUCGCAGCCUCAGGACCAGAGCUGGAACUCCAGCAGGGACCGGGGCCCCGACGCCUGGGCUCCGGGUAGAGACCGACCGCAGGAGCAGGUCUGGAACUCUGGCAGAGACAGAGCGGGACACUCCAGUCAAGACCAGACAUGGAUACCAGGAAGGGACAGGGCACAUACCGGACAGGACCAGGCCUGGAUGUCGGGUCGGGACCGAGGGCCCGAGCAGGCCUGGGCGGCUGGCAGAGACAGAGGCCAGGAUCAGGCCUGGAACGCAGGCAGGGAUCCAGGAAGAGACCGGGCCUCUUCAGGACCAGAGCAGGCGUGGAGUACAAGCCGAAGUCAAGACCAAGCCUGGAGCAACACGAGCAGGGAGAGAGGACACGUCUGGAGACCCGACUUCAACAUGAAGAAAGUCCAGAGAGUAGAGAUGGAGAGAAGCCCACCUGUAAAUAACUUCCCACAGCCUCCAGAGGGCAGAGAGUCCUGUUCAGAUGCAGCCAGCGGUGGAGUCCAAAACAACCCAGAAGCCUCGACCUCUCAGCCCAGCGAGGAGCAGAAACCACCAAUCGUCUCCACCAAGAAGGAGCCUCCUACUUAUCCUUCAGGAAGUCAAGAGGAGCGUUGGCAGCUCCAGAUUGUAGCUAAAGGCAGAGUCACAUGUCCCAAAUGUAAAAGUGUAAGCAGGAAGACUGUGGAGGGGCUGAAGAAACACAUGGAGAACUGCCGACUGCAACCUUUUACCUGUCAACACUGUGGGAAACAGCUGAAGUCUUCAACAGGGAUGAAAUAUCACAUCAUGGCUGAUCACAGCCAUUUGCCCUCAGCAGACGACGCCAAGGACCUGGAUGAUCGUGCCAUUAAAGACAAACUACGUAAAAUCCUGAAGAGGUUGGGCAAAUUAAAGUGCUCUAAAGAGGGCUGUAACGCCGCCUUCACCAGCAUCAUGGGAUACGUGUAUCACAUGAAGAAGUGCGGGAAGGAGGAGUCGGAGCUGGAGAAGAUGCUGCUGAAUUGUUCUCACUGUGGGAAAACCUACAAGUCCAAGGCCGGUCUGGAGUACCACCUUAAAUCAGAACAUGCUCCUACGCCCCAGAAGACCGAGGAAGACGAGGCGCUGAAGGCCCAAGGAGAGGCCAACCCGGAGAGGACGGCCAGCGGCAGGGUGCAGCGAGCCUCGGCGCAGGUGGCCAACUUCCACCUGGCUGAGAUUGCCAACAACGAGCUGCCCAAAGACUGGCCCAAGAGGAAGUUUCAGUCAGACCUGGUGCCCGAUGACAAAAAGUUAAAAUAUGCCCGACCAGGUCUGCCGGCCUUCAGCCAGGAGGUGCUGAGGAAGUGGAAGAAUGAGGUGAAGCUGCAGAGGAAAGUUCACUGUCCCAACCAGGGUUGUGGCUCCACCUACACCAGUGUGUCUGGACUAAAGGCUCAUCUGGGACUCUGCACAAGGGGCGACUUUGAGGCUGGAAAAUACAGAUGCCUGAUCUGCAAUAAAGAGUUUAACUCAGAGAGUGGAGUGAAAUACCACAUCAACUCUGUCCAUUCACAGGACUGGUUUGUGACAAACAAAAAAGCCUCCAAGAAAUUUGAGAAGUUCCUCAAAAACCAGCCCAAGGACACGUUUGUCCAUAAUGUUGACAAGCCGAUCAUGGAUCAGUACAACCAUCACCACCUCCAGCAUCACCAGCAGCAUCACCACCACCACCACCACCACCACCACCAUCAGCAGCAACACCAACUCCAGCACCAACCCAUGCAGCACCCACUGCAGCCACUGCAUCACCUCCAGCACCAGACCCAGCUCCUCCAUCCAGAGCACCAGAACCUCCCUCCGCAGGUGGACACGCAGCUCCAGCAGCCGGUACUCCACUACACCCCUCUAGAGCCUCCACCUGGACCGUUGUGGGUGGAUAUGGACAGGAGAGACGCCAUGCCGGGACCAGAGCAGGCCCCGAUAGAGAUGGAACUGACUGAUGUGCAGAAACCUGGAGAGGACAGCAGCGGGAUGGCGGAGGGGAAACGGAGAGAGAAGGUGGAGAGAGGAGGAGGAGGAGGAGGGGAGAGGGGAAAGGGUGACGUGAAGCGGAAGGAUUGCUUUGCUUUCGGUAGUGGUGGCGGCGGCGGCGGCAGCGGAGGAGGAGGAGGAGGCAGCGGAGGCAGCAGCAGCAGCAGUAGCAGUAGCAGCAGCAAUACCGGCAGCUCGUCCAGCGAAUCAGAGGUGGAGCAGCAUGACAGGCAGAGACAGAUCGACCAAUGGAAUCUGAAACGUCCAGGCGUCAUGGAGGCUCACCCUGAGGCUGCAAAGCGACAGAGGAACACUUAAAACGACACU